GUUAGGUAUUUGAGUGUCGACUUCUUCCUGUUGUGUUGGUGUAGCUAAGUGCAGCGGGCCGUGGAGUUUACAGAAAGUAUCCCAUUCAAAGAAAAACAGACACAAGGGAACACUCGCUGGUCAAGAGCGAUAAGGUUGUUGGUCCGGGAGUCUGGUAACCGCGUACUGUACGCGGAGUUCGAGAAAGCAGGUCUUGGUGCCAUUCUCCACCUGCUCAUCGCUUUAUCAACAGCAGCCUCAACUAUGGCUGUUGUUAACGAGAGCUCCCUCAAGAAAAUGCUCUCUAAAUACAAGUAUCGGGACUUGACAGUUCGUGAAAUCACCAAUGUGAUGUCUCAGUACAAGGACCUUAAACCUGUCAUGGAUGCUUAUGUGUUUAAUGACGGCUCUACCAAAGAUCUGAUGAGUCUGACAGGAACAGUUCCAGUCAGCUACAGAGGAAACACCUACAAUAUACCGGUUUGCCUCUGGCUGCUGGACGUUUACCCCUAUAACCCUCCGAUCUGUUUUGUGAAGCCCACCAGUGCAAUGAUGAUUAAAACUGGGAAACACGUUGAUGCUAAUGGAAAGAUCUACCUGCCCUACCUGCACGAUUGGAAGCAUCCUCAGUCGGACCUCUACGGCCUGAUCCAGGUGAUGGUUGUGGUGUUUGGAGAAGAGCCCCCAGUGUUUUCUCGUCCCCAAGUGCAAUCUUCCUACCCACCGUAUCAGCCCACCGGGCCCCCUAACACUUCCUACAUGCCAGGCAUGCCUGCUGGAGUCUCUUCCUACCCAUCUGGUCACUCUGCAAACCCAAGUGGGUACCCGGGCUAUCCGUACCCUGGGGGAAACUCCUACCCCACGGCCAGCACAGCACAAAACUACAACGCCCAGACACCCAUCACCACUGUCGGUCCCAGCCGGGAUGGCACUAUCGGAGAGGACACAAUCCGCGCCUCCCUGAUCUCAGCGGUCAGUGACAAGCUGCGGUGGCGAAUGAAGGAGGAGAUGGACCGGGCACAGGCCGAGCUGAACGCUCUCAAGCGCACUGAAGAGGACCUCAAGACUGGCCACCAGAAACUGGAGCAGAUGGUCUCCCGCCUUGACCAGGAAGUGGCCGAAGUUGAUCGGAACAUUGAUCUUCUAAAGAAGAAAGACGAGGAGCUGAGCUCCGCCCUGGAGAAGAUGACGAACCAAUCGGAGAACAACGACAUCGAUGACGUCAUUGUGCCGACCGCCCCCUUGUACAAGCAGAUCCUGAACCUAUAUGCAGAGGAGAACGCCAUUGAGGAUACCAUCUUCUACCUGGGGGAGGCACUGCGCAGAGGUGUCAUCGAUCUGGAGGUCUUCCUCAAGCAUGUGCGCCUCCUGUCCCGCAAACAGUUCCAGCUCCGAGCGCUGAUGCAGAAAGCCAGGAAAACUGCAGGCCUGAGUGACCUCUACUGAUCUCGGCGACAGUAUAUAUCUUGUUUUUUUUCUGUCGCAUUGACACUCCUUUUUACCAUUUUCCUUUUCUCAUCCUAUUGUCUAAAGUUAUCUUUUUGUGCUCAUCCUUUUUCUAUUUUGGAUUUUUCUGUUGAUCUUCCCCCCACCUCAUGUGAAAGCAAGUCCUUUACCCAGGUACCCCCGAGUGUGCCCUCAGUUCACUCAGACAUGCAUAGGAAUACCAAGUAGUGCUGAGCUCAUCAGCUACGAGCCUCAUUAAUGCUUAAUAAUCGUACAGCCCUCAAAGUAUGGGAGAAAGUCAUCAGGUUUUCCCAAAAUCAGAAUUAAGUUUUAUUAUUUUUUUAUUGUGUAAAUUUUAAGAAUGUUUUUGAGAAGUUAAGUGUUAAUGUUUUUUUUUUGUCUCCCUCCUAAUUGGAAAACAAAAACUCUUUACAAAGAUGUUUUUGAUAGUAUGAUGACUCUUAUCUUUUUAAAUCCGAAUGAAUAUUUCCAAGAAGAAAAACUUUAAUCUGAAAAGCAUGUGUCCUUUAUGAAUCUAGAUGAACAAGGACACUUGUCCCAACAUUGAGGUUUCCUGUCUUGUUAUGUACAAACAUGAAGAUCUCAAACUCUUACUUAAGUGUAAUUUAUAUCAAUCAAGUAAAAUAUUAUGGAUUGUGUUCUAUUUUUAUUUUUGUUUGUUUUUUUUCAAUACAAUUAGCUUUUACUGAAUGCACUUUGAAUUGCAUGUAAAGCAUUGGUGAAUUGGGAUAUUCAUUUAGAAAUCAUAAUUAUAAUAAUAAAAAAAGUUUGCAAUUGUGAUUGAGGUCUUGUAUUUAUUCUUUUGACAAAUGCAUUUCCAUAUAGACAGUCAAUGUGGCUGGAGCUCAGUUGGAGUACUCUCCUCAAAAAAACCAUGCUUUCCUAUCUUAUUUAGGUUUUGCCAUCAUUAUCUCAUUACAUGUCAUACAAGGUAACGAAUCAGGGCCAUCACAUGCGACUUGCAUAUGACGAUACGUAUUUUGAAGAAACUUCAUUAAUAGGAGCUGUACUAGUAAUUCUUAGAAACUUUCUAAUUUAAGACAUCAGUGGAAGUAUGUCACCUUUACUUAUUAAACUAUUGGCUGCAAUGGCUUCAGUUAUUUUAUCCCUGAAUACCAGUAGUCUGUCUGCAUAUUGCAACUGGCCUUUGUUUAUUUAGUGAAGGAGUUUCAUGUAAUAGUUGGCAUCACUUUAAAGCCUUAAAAGUACAGCCGAUUCUCUUUAUUCGUCUUCUAGUUCAAAGUUUUGUUGUUAAGUGUUACAUUAAUUUUAGCAUUUCUUAAUUUAUCUAUAUUUAAUGUUUUAUUGGUCUUUAUUUUCAUAAAAAAGAAACCCGAUGACCUAUGAGAUCUGGUUGCCAGACUAGUUACACUUCAAUACAAACCUGAAUGUUAACAAAUAUACCACAAAAAUAUAUUUUGUGCAUAAUACACAGCUACAUAACCCAAUUCCAUAUUAGAGUAAAUCUGGAAUAUAUGUAAAACAAGCCUUCAAGGGCAAUCUAACAUUACCUUAAAGUCAAUGCUACCAAAGUUUUUAAAAUCCAUUUUCUAAACGUCUCUGAAUUCCAAUUACAUAAACUAAAAACCAUUAAAAUAUGUAUAUGUAAUAAUUGUUCCUAAUAAACAUUAGGAACUACUUAUGGAUGUUUAUAAGAACAUACUGUACUAAUAAAAAGAAUCAGAAAAGCAGAGAAAUAAAUGAGAUGCAGUGGAUUAUCCUGGAAUUUUACUUGGUGCUGGAGUGGGUGCUUAUACAAGAACUAUUAGUUAAUUUCACUUCAUUUUCCAUUGCACAGGAACACAGUAUGAUGGGAUACAGA